GCAGAGGGUGCACUACCACGAAGAUGACUAAUUCAAAUUCCGCUAUUCGCUCACUACCCGGGUCGACUGAUGUGUUGCCACGAAGGUUGAUGGAUGCAUUACGAGGUGGGUGCACUACCAUGAAGAUGACUAAUUCAAAUUCGUUUAUUUACUCACUGCCCGGGUUGACUGAUGUGCUGCCACGAAGGUUGAUGGAUGCAUUACGAGGUGGAUGCACUACCAGGAAGAUGACUAAUUCAAAUUCCACUAUUCGCUCACUACCCGGGUUGACUGAUGUACUGCCAUGA